CUGAUUUGAAUCCCGUAAAAACUCCUCUCUAUUCUCUGAUUGAAUCGGAUCUAAAACCCCCUAGAAUCUUCAAAUGUCUGCGGCGGCGAAAUUGAGUGAGAAGGGCCAAUCAUUGGCCCUAACAUCACAAUCUUCCACCUCUUCUUCUUCUUCGACAGAGAUGACAAAAACCGUCUGCUUUCGUGCAAUUUGUAAAUCUCAUCAAUCGUACUGGUUUGCGGUUAAUAUUUCCUUCGAAGCCGAAGAAGAGUUGGAGAGCAAAAGAAAGGGAAGAGACGCAGAUGAAGAAGACUUGAUGGCCCGCUUCUGUGGACGUCGUCAUCACCACUUCGAUGGCGUGACUUAUGGUAAGUUCCCAACCCUUGAACAUGAUAUCCAACCUUACUCUACUGCUAAAUUGUCACACCGGUCAUCCUGGGCACUCAUGGGCUCUAAAUUAUAUUGUGUUGGUGGUUCUUUGCACGAACUUAAUAAGUCUAAGAAAAAGAAAUCUGAUUAUUCUCGUUUAGUACGAGUUUUUGAUUUCAAUUUCCCACACAAUGGCUGGAAUAAGAACCUUUCACUGAUGAUCAGUCGCAGAGAGAUGCCUGGUUUGGCGGUCUUAGAUGGAAAACUCUAUGUUUUUGGCGGUACAGGGUGGUGUAAUAAGAAGUCACCGUGGGCUGAGGUUUAUGAUCCCAGUGUAGACAAAUGGGAAGCCUUGCCUCAACCUCCCCCUUAUAUUAUAGAUACUAUAGAAGACACACCAAGUUUUGUUGUGGCUCUCCAUAAUUUAAAAAAGAUUGUUCUUGAUGAAUAUCUGUUCGAUGUGAUUACUAGUUCCUGGGAGAUUUUGAAGGAGGAUUGUCGUGAUUGUUGUGAUAGAGCUGUUAACCAACAACCCGUGGCAGUACAAGAUACCAUAUAUUGGUGGUCAGAUAGAUACGGGUCAGAUGGAUAUGAAUCACUCGGAGGAUGCCCAUAUAUAUAUAUGCCUACGAUUUUAGUGAGAUGAAGCUGUUUCAAGGGCCUCUAAAAGGUUUAGAGCAUGAUACUGUGAUCUCGGAUUCCCGGUCCAAUCUUUUACACAUGGGGGGUGAAUGUUUUUGUCUGCUUUGGUGUCACGGCCUUACCAAAACGCAAUACCAUUGCACCCAACUUCAAGUCUCCAAACAAGGCCAAGGAGUUUUGAAUGCACGUGUACUCUCAUGCCAAUCUUUUCUCGCUCCUGGAAAGACUUCUCUUUUUCAAGCACAAAUGCUGGGUAUUUCUUUGCAUGAGGAUAACCGACAGGAUGAGGCAAGUGCAUCCCUAGAAGUAGCCAGCAACAAUGGUAGAAAAUUGCAGGAUGUGACGAACCAUCAGCUAUACUAGUCUAAGCUAACAUAAAACUUAUGUAGAAGGGGUAUUUCUUUGCACGAGGAUAACCGACAGGAUGAGGCAAGUGCGUCCCUAGAAGUAGUCAACAACAAUGGUAGAAAAUUGCAGGAUGUGAUGAACCAUCAGGCUAUGCUAGUCUAAGCUAACAUAAAACUUAUGUAGAAGGUAAAAAAUAUUUAUUACAUUUGGGGAUCACCAAGGAAGAAUUUCAUGCAAUUACAAGGUUUACCAGCUGGGCGGUAGAUGUUGACCAUGGUUCAGAUCUUCCUAAAGUUCCUGAUGUCAAAUUGCAUCUAGAGUCAAUGGAGAUUAAAGAAUGUGGUGGAGAUGCAAGUGGAGUUGAAGACAUUGUGAGGAACAUGAAAGCAGUUGAAAGGACAGUCUUGGGGUUUAUGUGCAAGCAUUAUUGACAUGGGAAGAUUGAUGUGGGUCAAGGAAUGUGGUUUAGAAACAGAGUUUGUCAUAUAUAUCCCAUCAAGCAUUUCUCCUAAAAGCCAUUUACUGAUUGCCAGACAUACCAAUCGAUUUUGAGAUGUCUUUGUUUUUUCUUUUAUGUAAGGUUGUAUGAUUUCCAAUUUUGCUAGAAUGUGCUAUUGUAUGACACUCUUAUUCAAGUUUUGAAAUGAGGAGUAGAGUUCUAGAA